AUGAUCAGUAUAAUACCUCGGAUAUCACGAUCUGUAUCGCUUGUCUCGUGCCGGUAUUACUCAUCUUCAAUCUCGUAUGGUCAAACAAGACCAUUUACUCAAAAUGAUUCUACAUACUUGGGGGAUGCGUUAUCUACUGAUGGAAGUAUAGAAACAGUUAAAUUAAAAUUUGAAAGACAUUCUCCACCUCAACAUAAUUCUGAAACUGAUCAGAAAUCACCUUUACUCAUUCUUCAUGGAUUGUUUGGUUCGAAAACUAAUACUAGAACCGUAGCCAAACAAUUAGCUUCUCAAUUACAAAGAAACAUUUAUUGUCUCGAUUUACGUAAUUUUGGUGAAUCUCCUCAUAUUAAUAGACUCGAUUAUCCUUCAUUAGCAGCGGAUGUUGAAAGAUUUAUUGAUGAAGCACAAUUUCCGGCCAAACCUAUUUUGGUCGGACAUUCUAUGGGUGCUAAAACUGUUAUGGCUGUAGCAUUAAGAAGACCAGAUCUUCCAAAAAUGAUAGUAUCAGUUGAUAAUGCUCCGGUUGAUUUAACUGGUUCAAGUGGUUCAAAUUUUGGAAAAUACGUCAAUCAACUUAGAUUGGCCUUAGAGAAAUACAAAUAUACAAGUAUCAAAGAUGUUGAUAAGGAAUUAGCAAAAGUUGAAUCAAAUAUGGUAGUAAGACAAUUCUUAAUGACUAAUCUUAAUAGAGGUAAAAAAGAUGAUAUAAUUACUUCCAAAAUCCCUCUCGAUAUUAUUGGAAACAGUAUAGCUAGUGGUAAUAUUGCUGCCUGGCCAUUUGAUUCAAAUUUAGUAAGAUGGUCAAGAGGACCUGCGUUAUUCAUAAGAGGUACCAAAUCAAAAUAUGUGCCUGAUGAUAUAAUACCAGAUGUAGGACGUUACUUUCCUGAUUUUGAAAUAAGAGAUGUGGAAGCUGGUCAUUGGGUUAUAAGUGAAAAUCCAGAAAAGUUCAAAGAAGUUUUAGUUGAAUUUAUUGAAAGAAAGGAAGAUGAAGAAGAUGAACUACUUUUCUAA